UGUUUUGACUAAUUUACUUUCGUGACAUUCAAUGCUAGAGCACAUGUGAUACUACUUUGGCGGUGGUGCUACUUGGUUGUUCUUUUGCAACUUACUACUCUAUUACAUCCAUGAAGUGGCCUCGCCCAAGGGAAUUUACAUAUUCUGGAAACAGGAGCUCAUGGUCAUGGAGUAAUGAAAGAGCAAACAAGAACCGUAAGCAACGUGCAGAGUUCUUAAGCAGGUCUGGAGCAAUGAAAACUCGAGGAGCUCUAUCGAAUAUCCCCAUGAGUCCAUCUGCAUGCUAUGAUUCACCAGUUAAAGCUCCAGGUAUACUGUCAACCUCUAGUCAGAUGGGAUCAAGAAAUCACCGGGACUAUUAUUCAACUUUUCACAAGACACCUAUCAGAAAAAAAUUCCCCAAGGAAGAAUGGAAGGAUUUCAAAGAGGAAUCUACUCGGCAGGCAGUCACGGAGUGGGCAUCUUCUCCUGAAUUCACUGACUGGAUGAUCAAACACUCUGAUAGGAUCCAAGUCCUCCCGGAUGAUAGUUCUGACGAGCCAACUGGAAGUGGGUCAGAUUCAACAGAUGAAAAUGUUGCAGAUAGCAGCAGUGGGAUUAAUUUCUUUAAUUGGCAUCGAAACUAGUAGAGACGGCAUUGAUUGGAGUAUAUCAAACAGCCUAGAGGUGCACUAACCUCCUCCUCUCUGUACAGGGAGGGGUGGGAAGAGAUUUAAUAGUUUCCUAUUACGUUGGAAAGCUUUAACCUAGAUCCACCAGGUUUGUAAAUAUUAUAGAAAGUAUGUCUUUUGAUGUUAUUGAAGAAGAGUUAUCAAGCGACAUAGAAUUACACGUGUUUCUUAACUUGUUAAUUCAUUUUCCGCUCCCACUGAGUACGAUAAGGUAUAGUUAAAGUAUGAGUAUUUACAGUCUUUAGUAUUAUUUAUUUAUUGUGAAUUAUAUUUGUUCAACACGUUUAAUAUUAUUCUCC